AUGCAUCUCGAUUGUAGAAACGUGACGUUUUACGUUUUAUACAGUUUUAUACAGUUUUAUAUAUUAUAGAAAUAAAUGGAAAAUGACUAGAACGAGAAGAAGAACAGUUAACGAAUAUUAUUCUAGUGUCGAGUGAAUGUAUCUAAUAAAAUAUAACAUACAUACAUAUAUGUAUCUCCGUUUAUGAAUUUUGAAUAUGCAUAGUUUAGAGGUUAUAUUUAUUCGCGUUUUAUCAUUUUAAACGUUAUACGUAUUUUGUAUUAAUAUUAUGUAUUAUUAUGUAUUCUUAUGUAUUGUUAUUAUCCUCUUAUUAAGAUCUAAUCAGAUAAAGUAUAUGCAGUUUUAACGGUGUACUUUACGUAUAGAUAAGGUUUUAUGAAAAGAUAAAACACAACAAAUGAAUGAAAACUUAUAAAGAUGUACACUUUAAGAUCUCUUAUUCAUAUUUGUUUAAAUAAAAAUUUGUCAAAGGCUUAUAAUGAUAUUUACAUAAAGCAUAGAAAGAUAGAAUCAUCGGUAUGCAAAAUUGUAUGUAAAUUUAAGCAUACUUCAGAAGAAUUGAGAUUAAUUGAAAGUGACGAAGAGAAAGAAGCGUACAAAGUUAUUUCUAAUCAAUACCUAGGAGUGAUAGCUGGUGGGCAUAAAGUUUUUCUAUUGCAACCAUAUAUAAAAUGGGGUAAAGAUAAAAAAAGAAACACCAGUCCUGAAUUGCAAAUGGCUGAAUCUGUAGCACUCGUAGAAACUUUAUUGUAUUGGAACGUAAUAGAUAAAGCGUUUGCUCCCUUGCUAUCAUUUAAAAAGAAAAGUUUAUUGGGUCCGGGUGGACUCGACAAUCUUGUGAAAACAAUUAAACAAAACGAACAAAUAACAGCUGUAUUCGUUAGUAUAAAUUUGUUAAAACACGUACAAAGAAUAGAACUUCAAAAUAUUUUAGGUUUGCCUGUUUAUGAUCGAUAUUCAAUAAUUAUCCAUAUAUUUCGUCAACAUGCUAAAACGCCUGAAGCACUAUUACAGGUAGCUUUGGCCGAAUUGCCAUAUAUUUGGAAGAAAAUGGGUGAACUUUAUGAACAACACAGCGGUCAAAUUAAUUUUGAGGAAAAUAGGAAAAAAAUGUUGAAAGCUCGUGAAUCUAAAUUAAAAAAAGCAUUAGACAAAUUAAAGGAAAUUAGGAAAGGCAGUAGAAAUCGGAGAAAAAAUUAUGAUUUUCCAAGCAUUGCUGUGGUUGGAUAUACGAAUGCUGGAAAGACGUCUUUAAUCAAAAUCUUAUCAGGAGAUGAAAAUUUGAAACCAAGGAAUCAACUGUUUGCCACAUUGGAUACUAUUUCUUACCAAGGUUUACUACCAUCUAAGCAGAAGGUCUUAUAUAUAGAUACCAUAGGUUUUAUUCAAGAUGUACCAGAAAUGUUAUUAGCGCCUUUUAUGGUUACUCUUGAAGAUGCUUUAAUCUCUGAUGUUAUCAUACAUAUUUACGAUAUUAGUCAUCCCGACGCGAAGGCACAAUUUCAACACGUAGAAGAAAUAAUAAGACCUAUGUUAACUGAACGACAAUCGGUAAUACGCGUAGCUAAUAAAUGUGAUCUUAUUGAAAAGUUUGAUAUACAUGAAGAUAUGAUUGCUAUUUCAUGUAAAGAGUCAACAGGUAUUAAUGAAUUAAAAUUAAAAUUAGAAGAAGAAGUUGUCAAGGCAACUGGAAAGUCAUUGAAACGUAUUAGAGUAGAAUCUGGUAGUUUAGCAUCAACUUGGUUACAUAAGUGGACGACGGUAAUAAAUUCAGAAACAGACCCUAACAAUCCUCAAUACAUAAUUCUUGACGUUUUAGCUACCGAUUUAAUGAUAAAUGAUUUUAAGCGAUUUUUAAAACAAUAAAAUCCAUUACAAUGUGGAGACACUUAAAAAUACACGCGCGCACACGCACACGCAUACACAAAUAUUAUAUAUAAUUAUCCGAUAGGCAUUUGUUAUAUCGAAAGAUUGUCUUUUGUAACACGUGGUGAGCACGUGUCUUCCGUUGAGCGGUUAUUUCCAAGAGCAGAUGUGUAUGGUUAGCGUGCGCAACAUUUGAAAUAAUAAAUCAAGAAGUCUGUCCGUUGAGUAGGAUUAACCCUACAAAAAUCUACCCUCAUUAUUUUUCCUUAAAAAUAAAAAGACAAUUUUAAAGCAUAUUUUAUUUUUCAACAAUUCGUUUCGAUAUGUA